GCUCCUACUGAGCGUGACAACGUUACUGCAGCGUGGGGUUUCCCAAGGCAGGCUGCAGGGUUACCGCGCCCAUCUCUUCGCUUUCUGAUGGCCGGGUGAGGACAGAAUUGUCAGUAAACUGUUCCUUCAAGGAAACCCACGGGAAGGGACGCCAAACGGACACAUUACGGCGUGAAAACUGAUGUAUGGACAUCAAUGAUUGUUCCUCCCUGUGAUUAAAACGGAUAUCUCCGUCUUGUCGCCCUCAAAGACAGUGUGAUUUUUCACAGUUGACACAGGUUCUUGAAAUACUGGGCUCGUUCGGGAAGUGCCGCUCCUCCGAAGCUAGUUAGCAAGCUAGCUAGUCUUGUUUGUUCGUUGAUCUGUGGAUUUCAGAGCAACAUUAUUGUUUUUCCGGUCAAUGCGAUUUAAACAAAAGCCAACAACGACUGAGUACAGACCGUGUGUGGGCAGCUGGAGAGAAGCAGACUUCUAGUGGAGGAAAAUGAGUGAACUGGACCAGUUACGCCAGGAGGCUGAGCAACUCAAGAACCAGAUCCGAGAUGCCAGGAAAGCAUGUGCCGAUGCUACGCUCUCACAGAUUACCGCCAACAUUGACCCUGUUGGAAGGAUUCAGAUGCGCACAAGACGAACAUUGAGGGGGCAUCUUGCAAAGAUCUAUGCCAUGCACUGGGGCACUGACUCUAGGCUCUUGGUCAGUGCAUCUCAGGAUGGCAAGCUCAUCAUCUGGGACAGUUACACCACAAACAAGGUCCACGCCAUCCCACUGCGCUCAUCCUGGGUGAUGACCUGCGCCUACGCGCCCUCAGGGAACUACGUGGCCUGCGGUGGCCUGGACAACAUCUGCUCCAUCUACAGCCUGAAGACCCGCGAAGGCAACGUGCGCGUCAGCCGCGAGCUCGCCGGCCACACGGGCUACCUGUCCUGCUGCCGUUUCGUGGAUGACAACCAGAUUGUGACCAGCUCUGGCGACACCACCUGUGCCCUGUGGGAUAUUGAGACUGGCCAGCAGACCACCACGUUUGCGGGUCACACCGGUGAUGUGAUGAGUCUCUCCCUGGCCCCGGACACCAGGUUAUUCGUCUCGGGCGCAUGUGACGCCUCAGCCAAGCUCUGGGACGUACGGGAGGGCAUGUGCCGGCAGACCUUCACUGGCCACGAGUCAGACAUCAACGCCAUCUGCUUUUUCCCCAACGGCAAUGCAUUCGCCACCGGCUCGGACGAUGCCACCUGCAGGCUGUUUGACCUGCGUGCCGAUCAGGAGCUGAUGGUUUACUCCCAUGACAACAUCAUCUGCGGCAUAACGUCUGUGGCUUUCUCCAAGAGCGGCCGCCUCCUGUUGGCUGGAUACGAUGACUUCAACUGCAAUGUCUGGGACACCCUCAAGGCAGACCGUGCCGGUGUGCUAGCCGGCCAUGACAACCGUGUGAGCUGCCUGGGCGUGACCGACGACGGCAUGGCGGUGGCCACCGGCUCCUGGGACAGCUUCCUGAAGAUCUGGAACUGAGGCCACCAGGCGCACCACCCACGGCGCGGCAGUGAUAGUAAGAUGUCAUUUAAACUCCAAAGUUGACUGGAAGACCAUUCCAACUUUAGAAUGUUCAAUUUCACAGCAUCUUCUCGAACACCGAAAAAAAAAAAAAAAAAAAAAAAAAGAAAAAAAAACAAGAACUGACUCGAACACAACAGCAGCAACAACAACAGAAACUUGUAAGGGAAACCGAUGCCUUUCCUACACAAAGAAGAGCACAAUUUGUUUGAUCACCCAGCUUAUGUGAGAAGGAAGAAUUCCUGUGGUAUCAGUUUGAAUAACUGUGCAUUCCUUUUACGGACCAUUCAAUUUCACCCCUAUCCCAUGCUUGGCUAUCAUGUGUCUAGAAAGCAAAUGUUGGAGUGUAAUUGUACAAAUUAUUUAACUUUUUUGUGAAAAGCUCAUUUCUCAGACGUAUGAUUUAUAGUAGUAAUUUUUUUGUCAUAUUUCUUCUCUUUAGAUAUGUUGAAGACUAGCAUUUCUUUUAAUCCAAUUAAAUUGUAUGAGAAAGAUGAAACAAACAAAGAAAAAAAAAAAGAAAAAAAACACAACGUAAUAUUAAUGCUGAAGCUUGAAAAGAGAGUGCACGAGCAGCUUUCAAAGAAUGCCAAUCAUGUAUCUAUGGUGCAUUUACGAGUGUGUGCAAAGUUCAUAAACAUGCCCCUCUCACCUGUCAAUCAUGAUCCUCUGAGUCUGGCCAAAAAAGAAAGGAAGAAAAAAAGAGGUCAAUCUGACCGGCUCGUCAUGUAAAGCUCCUGUGGGUCGUCAUCUCUCCAACCAUCGCUGAUGAUUAUGAAAUACAGCCUUAGCUUUUUUUAAAAUGUGUGCAUUAGUUGAUUUUAAUCAGAGUGGUUAAAAAAGAAUCUCAUUUAUGAAUACCGAGCAAAAUGCCAUAUCUUUUAAAGUUUUUCACUGUUUCCAAGUCUUGAGGUACUCUCGUAGUGGAUUCAGAAAUGACCUCCUGUAAAUAUGAGUAUCAGACUUGCACGCAAACACAGCGUUGUAUUCAAGCUGUUUCCUUUCCUGUCUUGUCACCGCUUUGUUUGCACAAUAAAGAAACUUGACUAACGUUGCAAGCGUUACUAACCAAGCACAUGUUUUAUCACAUUUGAAACACGCAUUAUAACUAAAAGUCAUCAAAAUUAUUUUUAAAGUCUUUUUUUUUUUUUCCAAUUCAUUGGGUGAUGUAGCGUAAAAUAUUAUGUUAUGAAUUCCCUUUCUGAUAGAUUUUGUUGGGGGGGGGCGUGGUUAUGGAUGAAAAACUGGGAACGCUCUAGUGUGGGUUUAGAUUUGUCUUGUUUCUUUGUUUCUUUCUGUUAUUUUCUCUCCCUUUUACACCCUCGCCUAUUUUCAGAAUGAUGGUUUAACAAGAGAUGGCCCUUCCUGUGCUUGGAAAUGCAGUUCCUCUUAUGUGAAUGAAAUGUUGUACAAAUCAAUGUCUGAAAAUAAUGAUACUGAAAAUUUUAAGUUAAGCGUAAAUGUUCUUUUCCUGUUUUGAAUCUGCCAUGAGUUGAACUUAUAGUCGCAUGCUGUACAAUUGCUUCAAAGAAAAGGUGCAUACGGUUGUCGUACAUCUGAUGUUCAUUUGGGAUAAUGUAUUAACCCUUGAAUCAGUCACAGCAUAAUGUCGAAUGGGUUGGCUUCUGCGUACACACUUUCCUUCUCCUGGCAAAGCUAUGCACCUGAGUGAGGGGGGAGGGAGCCUUUUACACACUCUAAGUAUACAUGUCCUGAUCAGAAGAAAAUGUUUUUGUUACUUUUUUUUUUAAAGGAAAACAAUGACUGGGUCUCAAUAAAGAUCUUUUUCAAAGUUCUACUUAAACUAAUUCCUGACCCACAUACCCCCCCCCUCCAACACCUGUCAGCUCAGACACUUUUCUAUUUGAAAAUGGAGCAAAAUUAUGAAAAUGGGGGGUUAGAUUGUUUUUUUUGUUUUGUUUUUUUUCUUUGAUAAGAGGAAAAAAGACAAGGAUUUCAUGUGGCUUUCUUUGAUUUGGGUUGGCAUCUGAAUGGCAGAUUUCUCUUUUUUCCCACUGUAAACAGAUGCACUUUCUUUAAUAGUUGUGACUUUUUUUAAAUUGUUUUAUUUCUCUGCGAUAAUGUACAAUAAAUGUGAUGUAUUUGUGUGUGCUGCCAUUGGUUAAAAAAAAAAAAAAAAAAAAGUUAAACUGCAGAUACAGACGAAUUCCCCUUUUCUCUCCAUUAUUAACCUGUAGACCUCCGCAUCUUUCUGGAUCCCUAUACUCUCACCUUUUGUAUUUUAUUUCAGUCUGUCGGUGUACAACAGAGAGAUGGAUGCAAGAUAGAUACUAUAUUAAAAUGUACUGUUAUUUAAAAUGUAAUAAAGAGGUUUGAAAUGUC